CAUAUACACAGUGCAUACCAAAAUCGUUGCACUGCGGUUUAUUUUAUCGAAAACUGAACAGUAACGAUAUUGCUUUACAACCGCAAGUGGAAGAAUUGUACCUUUUAAACGUUUGCAGAUAAGAAACUCGAGUGAUAAAACGUUGUUGGCGAUAAAGUCAUAUUUGUGUUAUUUUCUCGUGGUAGAACUUAUGUCAAAUGACUGUUUGGCGUGGCUAUGAUGAACGAUGUCUCACGUGACGAAAUCCUUGACACAUUCCCAGAGUGUUGCAUAUCGGCAGGUUCCGGGAGUCUUAAAGGAUUUGAGAUUGAAAUGGAAUUUGGAUGGAGUGGCAAGGAGAGAGUACCUCUUCUUCAAACAAUACCAGGGCUAAAAUUCUGCCAAAUCAACGAUGCUUUCUUUCAUCUGUAUUUAUUUUACUCUACGGCCUUAUGUCAGGGUACGCCGAUUUUCAUUACCGAGGAACAAUAAACAUACCAGAGCGUACAAAAGAUGACUCAGAUACAUGAUUUGUCCAGAAUAGCGGGAGAAGUGUAAAGUACAAUUUUCACAAAACUACGCCUCGUAAAUAAAUUGCUUACACGUAUUGAGACUAACAUUGACUGGGUUGUGUACAUAUCGAGGAUGGUGUCUAACGCAUUACCAAAGAUAUUUAGUGAAAAGUGCAUCAAAAUGUUCUCAAACGAUAUUAUUUGAUAGCGUUUUCAAUACGUGUUGUUCUCAGUAAGGACUGUGAGCUUUGAUAUUUUAUGAAAAAUAUAGUGGUGUUGUUGGGAUAGACAUAUGGAGUAGUGUGGGUGUCCUAAACACGUGUGUGUGAUGUCUAGAAUCAGUUCUUGUAGUAGUGACAGUUCGCUGCGCAGUAGCUUUGAAGGCUCACAUUUGCUGCUGUCAAGGCCAAGAGGGUACGGAUCAUUGCUGCCUUACUAUGAAUAUAUCCGGAGUCACGCCAGAGCUCACAAAAUUCAGACGCUGCAGCGUACAGAGUCCAUGGUCUCACUCUGCUACCGCUCAAUUAUAGGUUUCGUAAACGAUGACAACUUACAAGGACUGCAAUCAUUUCUUGAAAAUAAGCAAGUACAGGUCGAUGAUAAAGAUGAAAAUGGAACCACCCCACUUAUGGUGGCCGCAGCGAAGGGACGGUCAUCGCUUGUCCGAGAACUGUUAGCCCAUGGUGCUGACCCUAAUGUAGAAGACAAUGAUAGUUGGACAGCUUUACUCAAUGCUGCCAAAGAAGGAUAUUCUGAUAUCGUAUUGCAACUGCUGGAGCACAAUGCAGAGAUCGAUCAUCGUGAUAUGGGAGGGUGGACUGCUCUUAUGUGGGCUACCUACAAAGGUCACACGGAGACCGCCUUGCUCCUCAUCGAAAGAGGGGCAGAUGUCAAUGCUCAUGGAAACUAUCAUGUAUCUUCCUUGAUAUGGGCGGCUGGUCGUGGUAGAACUGAGAUUGUAGAUGCAUUAUUAAGGCAUGGUGCUAAGGUGAAUGUAGGCGAUAAGUAUGGUACAACUGCUCUGGUUUGGGCUAGCAGAAAAGGCCAUACAGAAAUUGUAGAGAUGAUACUCCGAGCAGGUGCGAACGUCGACACAGCAGGCAUGUACUCGUGGACUGCAUUACUGGUUGCUACGUACGGCAAUCACAUAGACGUAGUCAGCUUGCUUCUAGAGCACAAGCCAAACGUUAACGCGCUAGAUAAGGAUGGCUGCAGCCCGCUCACGAUUGCUUGUAAGGAAGGCUACUACGAAAUCGCUACUGCGCUAAUGGCAACUGGCGCGUACAUUAAUAUACAAGAUCGCUCAGGAGACACAAACCUCAUCCACGCAGUUAAAGGUGGUCACAGACAAAUUGUAGAAGCGUUGCUGAAAAAAUACGCUGACGUAGACAUUCCAGGGAAAGAGCGCAAAACUCCGAUUUACAUAGCAGUAGAGAAAGGAAAUGUUAAUAUAGUGAAGAUACUUUUAAAUGUUAAUCCAGAUUUGGAAAUAGCCACUAAGGAUGGUGAUACUCCACUUUUGAAAGCCGUCAGGUCGAGAAAUGCUGAAAUUGUUCAGAUAUUGUUGGAUAAGAAGGCAAAAGUGUCAGCUGCCGACAAAAAGGGAGAUACUGCAUUACACAUAGCAAUGAGAGCCAGAUCAAAAGCAAUAGUAGAAACGCUGCUGAGGAAUCCUAAGAAUAGCCAGUUACUAUACAGACCGAAUAAAGCCGGAGAAACACCGUAUAAUAUUGAUAUGAAUCAUCAAAAGACAAUUUUAGGGCAGAUAUUUGGAUCCAGGAGGUUGAAUACAAAUGAAGAUAACGAAAACAUGUUAGGAUACGAUUUAUACAGUAGUGCUUUGGCUGAUAUUCUGAGCGAACCCUCGCUGUCAAUGCCUAUUACAGUUGGGUUAUAUGCAAAAUGGGGUAGUGGGAAGUCGUUCCUGUUAAAUAAGUUACGAGAGGAAAUGAAAAACUUUGCCCGUGAAUGGGUGGAUCCCGUCUUCCAGUUCACGACACUUCUAUUCCUAAUAAUGGUCCACGUAGCAACGAUCAUAGGAACCAUGAUCGGCCUUUCGAUUCAAUCCUGGAUCGUGGGCAUAAGUGUCGGUCUUGGAUUCUUGAUUCUCAGUUACAUCACACUUGGUAUGAUCUGGUUCGCUAGUAAGAGGUACGAUUGGGACUGGCCAUAUAACUUCAACGUCCGUUUGACUAGGCGAAUGAAUAACCUCAGGCUGGUCCUGCAAAUCUUAUUUUGUCAUCCACCUGGGUCAAGCGAUGAUACGCUGGGUGCUCGACCAAUAAGAUUUUUAUUCACGGAUCAAACUAGAGUGAGCAGUACGGCGGGUGGAGAAAACUCUGUAGUACAAAUGGUGGGAUCAUUAUAUGAUGCUAUUGAGUUUCAAUAUGGCGGUUUAGCUACUAGACUUUAUCGUGCAUUCAAACCAAAACCGGUUAAAUCUUCCUCGCAUUGGACUUGGAGAAAGCUAUGCUGUUUGCCAUAUGUUGUGUUCUUUGAAAUUACGUUUUUAAUGGUAAUAUUAGGAACUUGUGCCUUGACCAUAUACCUGAUUCACGUCAAUUCUGGGAGUCUACAGGAUAGUGACGACGUAACAAGUUUUACAUUAAAACUUACAUUGAUCGCUGCAGCGUUACUACUGGGCUUAACCACCGUCGCAAAUAUAUACACUUUGAGCAAGUUGGUCCGAUCAGUAUUGUUCUCACAAAGAAGACAUUUACAGAGGUCAAUUUCCAAGUUGGACACCUUAAAAUCAGAGGGAUUUCUGCAGACCCUCCGUCAAGAGGUGAUCUUGAUGAAGGAUAUGGUGAAAUGCUUAGACAGCCUGAGCUCACAGCAAACCAGAAUGGUCGUGGUAGUCGACGGCUUGGACAGCUGCGAGCAAGACAAAGUUCUGCUUGUGCUAGACACCGUUCACAUGCUCUUCUCCGAUGCCAAUACGCCCUUCAUUGUGAUAUUAGCCAUAGACCCGCACGUGAUAGCUAAGGCGGUAGAAGUAAAUACGAGGAGGCUCUUCAGCGAGAAUAACAUCGGCGGUCACAACUACUUAAGCAAUAUGGUUCACUUGCCGUUCUAUCUGCAAAACUCUGGCCUUCGUAAAGUGAAAAUCGCUCAACAGACAGCGUCUGCACACCGAAAGCAGACUGGCGGUUGGUCAGAAAAUGAAGAGAAUCUUACCAACUUCCUCGCGAGAUCAUCAUCAAGUAGACGCUUAUCGAACGAGAAAGCGUUGAUGUCCAGCCAAGAGAACUUGAGCAAGUUCCCUAGAAAAGGGUCACGCAAACUGAAAUUGAGCGAAUCGGUUGCAAGUUCUAUAGGAUCUAACUUGAACAAAAUUGGCGGUGCCCAGGAUCUCACAAAGAUGUUACUUACAGACGAUUAUUUCAGUGAUGUUAACCCCCGCUCUAUGAGAAGACUGAUGAAUGUUGUGUAUGUUACAGGUCGUUUACUUAAAGCAUUCCAAAUAGAUUUUAACUGGUAUCGUUUAGCUUCGUGGAUAAAUAUCACGGAACAAUGGCCGUUUCGUACUUCGUGGAUCAUAUAUCAUUAUGAAGUGUAUGAAGAUUCCCUAGAGGAUAACACUUCUUUGAAAUCAAUAUAUGACAAGAUUCGUCCAACCAUACCGUUGGUGAAAGACACGGAACCGCUGUUAGAACUGGACCGGGACGAGAAGAAGUUUGAUAUUUUUUUAUCCUUUCAUCGCUCAAGUUUGCUUGUUGGUGAUCUCAAAAUAUUUCUGCCAUUCACAAUUAAUUUGGAUCCGUAUCUCAAAAAAGUGAUCAAAGAAGAAACUCAAUGCUUGGAAGAAGAUGGCAUAACGGCACUUCCUACAGGCUCAUUUACAUCAGCAAAUCGCACUGGAAUGUUUACCCCGCAUCCGAUGACCUCUUGGACCGAUUGGAUGACACCCAAAUCCUCUCUAUUGUCAAAGAGGGUGUCGCGUUUACCAAAAACAGCUCCGACUCCAGUAGCCUAUCCACAGAUUACGCCGCCUAUUGCACCAGUAAUGAAUUGGCAUCACUGGAGUGAUCCGAUGAUGUACCACCACCAGCAACAGGUGCCUGUUGGACCUAUCACUGUAUUACAACCGGAAUUGUUAGAAACAAAACUGUCCUCGUUAGACGUAGAUGGUGUAUGUAAACUAAUUUCAAAAAUGGAGGAUUUGAAUCCCGAGGCCUUAUCUAAAUAUAUCAAGACUAUUAAGGAACAAAAUAUUAAUGGAAGGGUGCUCCUAUACUGUGAUUUAGAUGAUUUAAAGAAGUUGUUAAGGAUGAGCUUUGGUGACUGGGAGAUGUUUAAAGUAUUCUUAGUUUCGUUGAGAGAAAGUGAGAUGACGAGCGUUUUGAGUCGAGAUGAAAUUGUUAAGCCUACUAGAAGCAAUAAAGAAAGAAAGAGUAGUAUAAGUAAAUCAAGUAAUACUAGUGAUAAGGAAUGUGGAAAGAUGCAAGUGGAUGGAUCUCAAAGAAAACAAAGCAAUAUAGAAAAGCAGGUAACCUUAGAAGAGCAAAUGAUCUGCGGAGCUCUUCAAACUCUGAACGAGGAAGCAUGUGAGGAUGUCCUGGAAGAAACGGAGGAAACCAAGAUUACUAUUGAUCCGGACGUGCCACAAACUUCUGUCAUCCCGCCAAGUCCUGAAGGAAACCAAGGUGAAUGGGAAUACGUGCCAUAUUUAACCGGUAAAAUGAUUACCGGUGAUAAGAAUGAUUCUUCCGAUACGUCGGAUAUCAGUUAAAGUUCUCUCCUACCGUGGCAUUUAAUUCGUGCCCUCACAGAAGUUUGUUCUUCUCACGAAAAGCUUUCGAAGUAGUGUCGCAAUUAGGUUUCAGGUCAACAAACAUCUGUAUAAUAAGACUAGACCGCCUGGGGCUCACAAUGAGGUACUAUGGGGUCGAAGGAUAUUUCCAAAGUAAGACAAAAACGGCACUUUGUUAAAUCAUGUAGUUUUAUUCAGUUUAAAUUUAAACAGUGAAGUAAAAUCAAAUUUUAAAAACCAUCAAUUGUCAACUGAUAUUUUUGACGUUAUUUUGGUUUCGUUGAUAAGUAGGGGAAAUGGCGGGUCGUAAACAUUGUUUUAACUAAAAGGGAUCGCGCUUUAGAUAUGUUUGGGAAACACUAGACUAGACAUUUCGGAGUAAGAUCCAAGAGCUGCCUGCAGUAACUUAUCUAUUGCAAGACAAAACAUUGAGUUGAGUUUGUAUGUACUUUGAAUGCCAGCGUACCUGGUAAGUUGGGUAGACGGCCGGUUUACCGAUACCAUGCAAGAAAGGUAAGUAAAAAUAGGACUAACUUAACUAAAAUUCUGAUGACUGAUUUUUAUAUAUACCACUGUAAAACGUUAUUUCAAAGUAAUGUCCAGCGCCUGCAGGCAUAGAAAAAAAUCAUAUAAAAGUUAUGAGGUUUAAUAUAAGGUUUUUCGUGGUAGACUUUUUUGUAUACAGGCUGCUCAGAAAAUUUCUUCCGAAUUUGUUUUUUAAACAAGAUGCUUUAUUUGAUAGUAGACAUUAUGUAUUCAAAGAAGGCAUAGAGUGAAUAAUUUUUACCCGACUGCCUCAGGUGGAGGGUUAAGUUUUUCACGCGUGGUCAUGUAUUGAUGUAUCCAAAAAUUCUAUUUUACGAGCUGCAGGCCAAUCGGCUUGAUGAAUUUUAACAUACGAGGUGCUGUUCGAUUCGUCUUAGGAGUGCAACUGGCAAUGGCUAUAUUAAAGUUUUAUAAAAACAAAAUAGCCACCAGAAUUUAGGGGGGUCCUAUUUUUACUUACCCUUUUUACCUGGUACCGGCAAAUUGGCCGUCUACACAACUUGGCCGGUCCGCAGGCGUUCAAAGUAUAUAUAGAUGCUACUCAAUGCCUCACGUGUUUUAAUUCACCGCACAGUGAUAUCCAAACUCGAAUCUGAUGUAGAAGUAGAACAGUUUCUCUCAUUCUACCUGUGAUAUAUGCUGAGACCUAGACUCUACCAAUCUUUUGAUAGCGUUUGGUCCAUUUGCAUUGUAAAUAAAAGAUAGUGCGUAUUUGCGCUGAUUUCUAAGUUUUGAACACACUUUUGAUAGAAUGUACCUCGCGAUAAAGUAUGAAAAUAAAUUAUUCCCGAGUAACCCGCCAUAAAGUUACACACCAAAAUUCAGUAACAUCAGCUUAUCUUUUCUUUUCGAGCAACACUGCUACAACAGCAUUAUAAGAAAAUACACUUUUGAUAGACUGUACCUCACGAUAAAGAAUGAAAAAUAUCUUAUUUCCGAGUAAUCCGCAAUAAAGUCACACACCGAAAUUCAAUAGCAAACCAGUGUGGUACUUAUAUCUCAAAUGCAAUAGCAUUAAUGAUUUUUUAUGCUUGAGCAUUAUUGUGUGCUUCCAGCCCUGCAAUAGUUUUAUGCUGUACAACAGUAGUGGUGUAAUACAUUUGCCAGUAAGCAGCGGUUUUCAGUUGGCUGUCUGAUUUUAUGGUUUUUUUUUGAUCAAAUGCAGCAAACUCUCAAAUCUAUUCCUGGGCUAAUAUGAUACAGCAGAAAAUUACCUGCUUGCACUCAAUGACUCAAUAAAAACAAUAAUAUCAUUCAGAAUUAAAAUCCUGUCAUUAGUUUUUUUGGUAUUAUAAUAUCAAUAUGUUACUUAUCUCUGGUUUGAAUGAUCUAAAGUGUGGUCCAGGCCAUUUUUUGUACAAUAAUUCAGAUAUCGAAUCUAUGAUUUAUGACAGCGAAUGAUAUUUGAUUGAUUUGAUAUUCCGAAUUUGGAGUAAGGUCAAAUUAAUAUCAGACAUGAAAAGCCAAUCUUGCUGAGUGGUUUUCAAAAGAAGAACAUCACUUCUUAAGGGUAUUCAUAUCAGUGUUCCAGAUUAAGGCUCUAUUGCUGUAUUUUUGUAAGAUACUUGUAAUUGUUCCUAAUAUAUAUUAUGUAUAUUGAAUCAUUGAAGAGUAUUUUGUACAUAACGCGCAGUUAUUGAAUUCACUUUUUUCAUAUUGAAUA